AUGGGAUUUAGGCGUAAAAAUGACGAGCCGGACCCACUAGAUCCGGUCUUCGACGAGGACCAAGAUCUCAGCGAAGUUUGGCCGCAAGUCGUGCGAGAGUAUGAGAACACCACCAAAACGAAGCUAGACACGAGGAUGACCUUCGAGAGCUUCCAGCUGCAGGUCGACGCAAGCAUAAAAGAGUCUAAUACUAAAAGUCAUCAACAUGCUCGAAAGGUUUUCAACAAUGUCGGAGCCUUUAUCGAAAAGUUUGGGAGCAUCGUCGCACAAGGAGCAGGUAUGGUCUUUGGGCCCACAGCUCAAUGCUGGAACGCGAUAAGCUUCGUUAUUCAAGCAGUACGGGGCUUCAAUGACAUGAUGGACGGGUUCGUCACUCUAAUGGAACGCUCAUCAGCCUUUCUGCGGCGCCUAGUGCACUUUAUGCAGCAAAAAAUGGGCGCAGAUGGCACCCAUCUACCGCGCAAUCUUCGCAAACCGGCGUACGAAAUUCUUGCCCUAUUCCUGCGUGUACUUCAGUCUUCAUACAAGCUAGCGACCAGCAAAAGAGAGCAUUUCAAGGCUAUGGCGAAGAUCAUUCUGUUUAGCUCCGACGAGCAGGUUGCGGAUUCACUCAAGCUCAUGGAAAGUCAUGUCAAAGACUUCACCAUGGCUGAGAUUGAUGAGAUCUUGUUAGACGUCAAAGGGCUAGCAAGACACCUUGACAAAUCGGAUGAGGAGAGGAAACGCUAUGAAAAGGAUAUCCUUGAAUACAUCCAAGAAACAUGCAGAGUUGGCGAUCAGGUUCUGAGUAUCACUCAACAGAUGAAGAGCACUUUGGAUGGUAGAGUUAGCAAGGAACAACAUGAAAAGAACCUGGACAAGAUAGCAAAGACUCUGGGACUCAAGAAACCUUCCGGGGACUGGGAGACUUGGAGCAAGCGACAUAGCGAGCUCUGCAAGACUCAUGUACCUGGAACAGGAGAAUGGCUUAGUCAAGACGAACCGGCGUUCACCCAGUGGGCUGAUCUUGAUCAGCAUGACAAGAAAGUCCUCUUCCUGAAGGCUGAUUCUGGUUUCGGCAAAACACAUCUGUUUAAUUAUGUCGUUUCGUAUCUCGAAAAGAAAUGUCGAACCCCGCGUGGACCAAAUCAAACUUUCCUGGCCUAUUACUAUUAUGGAGAGGAUAAGGAUGAUUCGCUCGAGCGAUGUAUAGGAUCCAUCGUCUACCAACUCGCAGUCGCAGAUGUUGCAUAUGCUCAAGCCGUAGUUGAAGAGUGUGGGCGACCCGCAAGUAUUGCGCGAGCUGAAGAUCGGUGGAAAAACCUGGUAACAGGUUUGCGACAUGCCAUGAAAGGCACAUACUUCAUAUGUAUGGACGGUUUCGAUGGCCGUGGCCAGUUGGACACGGCAGAAACAAUGAUGUCAACUAUUUCACAUCACACUACGUCUCCAGCGGAGCCCAACGGAAUUAUCCUGCGUUUCUUCAUAUCAGGGAACGAUGAGGCGUUCUCUGAAGUAUCACAAGCAGUCGAAAGUAUUCCUACCAUUGUUCUCGGACCCCGUGGAGACAUUGUCCGUUCUCCAGAGCGAGCUAGUGGCAAUUCAGAUAUUGCAUCGCUGCCAGAACAACUGCCUAACGCAAGUGAUCUAGAAGCUGUCACGAGGGCCCGAAUCAAGGAUGUGUGUAAGACCAAGCCCGCUCUAAAAGCGAUCCUCACCGAAGACAAUAUCAAGCUUCUGCUAGAAGGCAUCCGUGGAAACUACAAAAAUCUCGAGGCUAAGAUUACGGAGAUCAACGCUUGCGACACCAAAGGAAAGGUUCAGGACGUCAUUAACAACACAAGCGCCGACAUGGAUACCGUUCAAAGGAACAGACUCAAGACGCUGGAUGCUUUGCUGAAUUCACGUCAGGCUCACGUGCUCAAUGAUCUCCUUGUUUGGGUUGCUGGCCUGAGUUACCAACCACCGACUAAGCUACUCGAAAGCGUUCUCUUCUACAACUUUGGCGAGGAAUUUCUCCUUGCUGAUCAAAUUGCUACCACUUAUUCGCCUGUACUCGUGAUUGACAAGGAGGGCAGAGUAGGGUUGAAAGACGGCCUCAAAGACAUCCUGUCUGUGAGCGACUCCUCAGGAUCCGAAUCAGCGAUCUCUCAGUUACAUGCCGAAGCAAUCAGCGGAGCUGAAGUCAACCUCUGUCGCCGGUUCAUAAAAAAUGUGUGCGACCCGACAGAUUACGCCAGAUUCAGAUUUGACGACUUCUUCCAGGCUAUGGAACAGAAAGUCCAUAUUCAUCUUGACAGUGGAAACGACGUGAACGUUACAAUUCUUGGGAAAUGUGUUGAUGCUCUUUUCGACAGUCGGAAAGAAGAUAAGCUUGAAGAACUGCGCGACUAUGCUUCGAAGUGGUUCUACUCGCAUCUCAAAGAUCUGGUAGAGGCGCUCGACGACUUUGAGCCGAGCAGGAAAUUUCUCAUUGACAUCGGAGUCAAGCUGGCCGAUUUAAUUUACGACCCAAAGAUGAUCGACUCGUGGUUUUCCGAGAAAAGUCUGUCUUGGCUGAAGUACGACUUUUUGUAUACUGAGGACUUCAUCGAUCCUUUACUGAAGUUAUUGAAGAAUUCGCAAGUGGCCAAAGGCUACGCAAGAGAUGCAGACAAGAGUACAUGGGUUAAGGCUGUCAUGUCUGACACCGCAAAGAAAUACUCUAUCUUCAAACGCGUCGCAGCACGCUUGGCAAGCUAUUGGUUCAGCUCGACUGGAAUAACAGAUAGAAACUAUCUCUGGAUUUCUUACGGCAUGGUUGCCAAGGUAUCUAAUCCAGAUAAGCCCUUCGAAGAAUGGAAUCCGCCUUCCCUUGUAGAGACUGAUAAGUUCAUCUGCUGGGCAAAGGAACAUACAGAUACCGACAUCGACAGCUUCACCUGGGAUUCUCGUGUGGGUGCGACGUACAUUGUGUUUGAGCAUUUCAAGGAAGCCAUUGUUGCGUUGGAGAAAGCCGAGCAACACUCUCAGACAAGCUGGGGGCUGUUGUUCAAUCUAGCAAAAGCCCACGAGAGCGAGAAGAACUAUCGCACGGCAAUAAAGUACAUGCAAGACUUCAAGUCGCUCAACAAGUCAUCUCCUGAAACAGACGAUGAUUACAAGACUGCUGGCUGGGAAUUGCUUUUGCUGGAAGCAAAUUGUCACCGACAGUGCCGUGAAUACGACUCAGCCAUCAAGUGUUUUCAGGGUCUUCUAGACCAGGAUAUUGACGACUCUUCCGAAUUCAGAUGGAUUCAUCUCAACGCUCUGGAAGGACUCUUCACGACCUGGACUGAAACAAAAAGCUACCAGUCUAUCACAGAAUUUGUUCGCCAAUGGAAAGAUUCGUCAGCCCACAGUCAUGGUCCCACUUAUUGGCUGCGAAGGGCAGCAUAUUAUGAUGAUAUCCAUACCAGCAUUAUCGUCGCCGCGAAGAUUGCCAAAGUCGUGAAAGAGGUCAUCUCUUUGUACCAGGAAGCCAUUGAUUACAAGCUGCUUGACCUUUCCAAGGCGGAUGAUCAGGGGAUAGAUUCGUCUACCGAAGUAACGGAGCAGCUGCAAUACUUUCAAGCCGUUCUUAGGUUUCACGGAAGUGGAUCUCAGCAUGAUCAGCAUCUGAGUAUACAGUACUGGGAAGAGAUUAUCCGACGAUCUGACGAAGACCCAGCGUUGUAUAUGACAGCAUGGACAGCUGGUCGCAAGCUAGCUCCGACUCUUCUCGACAAGGCAGUUGCUGAACUUGUGACGGCCCCGUCAAGCUCUUCGGAGAACUACAUUAGCAAAUUGGAGAAGCUCGCAAGCUUGAACACUUCGGUAAUCUGCAAUCUUCGUCAAGGUCAUUUCGACCCUCGCCUCUGUUUGACAAGACUAUACUGCCUGAAGGGGGACCAUUCCUCAGCUGCUGUGCAAGCACAGGCUCGACUUUGCAGUGUUUUCGACAAGUGGCCUGAAGCUACAGAUGACGAUUCAUUUCAGCUUCGUUUUGCGAACCUCGCCCAAACAUUGACUGUUCUCGAUAAAGAUGAAGAUGCUAUUGCAUCGUGGCAAGCGAUCAGGCCGCAUCAACCGUCAAAUACCUCAUCUGUGGUUCCAGACAUUGUAGGUACUGCAGAGAUCUCACAGCCGAGCUCUGAAAAAUCUUCUACAAACGGUGUAUCUGCAACUGUCGACAAUAAGUCUGAAGACGUUGCAGAACCAUCUGCGUCGGUUACAACCACGGCCAAGGCGUACAUAUCGGGUUAUACAUGCGAUGGGAGCUGCGGAAUCGAAUGGAAGGAUAUUUUGGCCGACUGUUACGUGUGCAGGCACUGUCUCUGCGUACAACUUUGCCCAGGAUGUUAUGAAAAGCUUCUGACCGAUGACCUGCACCCUCUGGUCUGCAACAAGGACCACAAGAUGCUGUUUCUACCGCCAUUCGACUGGGAUGCAUGGCGCAGUAUGCCAGCAGAAAUGAUGACUGUUGGCCAGAAGUCAGUACCACGCGCAGAAUGGGUGGACAAGAUUUGCAAAGAGUUCAAUGUGCAGCAGAACGAAAUCGAUCUGAUCAAGAUGGAGAAAGCCAGAGAAUUGAAGGCUGCCAGUGUCAUUGCGGUGCAAUGGCGCAACAGAUUACAGAGAAUCAGGGCUAGAAAACAGGCGACAGCACCCAAACUUCGUCGAGUGAAGACAGUCGGAUAG